AUGAACUUACUUCCUCCAUAUAAUUUUUUAAAAAUUGGACCUGCUUCAUCAGGUAUAAUAUAUCGUGUUGAAAUUUUCUAUCCACCUUAUCUUUAUUCAUCAACUCCUCGUCCAAAUAUUAUUUCUCUUCAAACUUCCCCAAUUAAUGAAAACAGAAUUCCUGUAAGUUAUGGCCAAGAAGUCACUAUGGUUAUACAAGUUAAAUCUGAUGGUGGUAACCAACCAGUUUUGAAAGCUUGUAUUAUACAUCAUGGUUUCAUCACACAUUCACAAAAUUUCAGUCAACGUUAUGUUUAUCUUGAAAUUACAAACUUUUGGGCCGAUUCAUCAGCUGCUGAUCAAUAUAUUUUAACUAUUAAAUUACCUCCAAAUCCUACAAUAAUUUCUCCUGGUCCUUCUUAUAUAUACGUUUUUAAUGGAGAUGCACCUCCUGUUAGUGGUGUUCAAGUUUUACUUCAACAAGCAGCUUAAAAAAAAAAAUGAGGUUGGGACUUCAAAAGGGGAGAGAAGUUUUAUCGUAAAAAAAAAACAUUUUAGAACAUGUAAUUUUUUUCCCCCCGUUUUUAACACGAUGUUUUUUUUUUCCUUGCAAAUAUUUUUGUAUUUAUUUAAAUAUAAUUAUUUUAUAUAUAUAUAUUUCCAAAUUGACAAAUAUCAUAAAUACCUAUUUAAUUACGUAUCGUUCUUAGAUUAUCAAUAAUAUAUAACUCGUUAAAUUUUGUUUUAUAAUAAUUAUAACUUUUAGACAAAAAAAAUUUUUAAAAAAUGAAAAAUAAAAAUAUGUAUUAGAAAUCUUCAAAAUAAAAUGUAUUGAUGGGUAUAGUCUUAAAUA